GGCGGCUGCAGCCCGGCCGGGCUCCGAGCGAGGGGCUGCAUGGAGCGGCCGGCGCGGCUCUGCGGGCUGUGGGCGCUGCUGCUCUUUGCCGGCCGCGGCGGCGUGGCUGCGCCCGCGGAGUCAACUUUUAAACAAUGAUGGCCACAACCCAUUAAUGAAAAAGUAUUUGAUAUUCAUCUUGCUUUUCUUAAAAAUGGGCAGUCUGAAGUGUCGCUGAAACAUGUCUUUGCCUCACUGCGAGUGUUCAUUAGUAAGUUUCCCUCAGCCUUUUUCAAAGGAAGGGUAAACAUGUGUGCUGCGUUUUGCUACGAGGUUUUAAAGUGCUGCACGUCAAAGAUUGGCUCAACCAGGAAUGAAGCCUCUGCGCUUUUGUGUCUUCUGAUGAGAAACAACUUUGAAUACACCAAAAGGAAAACCUUUUUAAGGACACAUCUGCAGAUAAUAAUUGCUGUAAGCCAGCUGAUAGCAGAUGUAGCACUAAGUGGAGGAUCGAGAUUUCAGGAGUCUUUAUUCAUUAUCAAUAACUUUGCAAACAGUGACAGACCUAUGAAGGCAGCAAUGUGUUAUGUCCACAUAGCAGCUUUGGCUGCAGAGUUUCUUCAUCAAAAAAAAUUAUUCCCUAAUGGAUGUUCAGCCUUCAAGAAAAUUACUCCCAACAUAGAUGAAGAAGGAGCAAUGAAGGAGGAUGCUGGAAUGAUGGAUGUCCAUUAUAGUGAAGAAGUUUUGCUGGAAUUGCUAGAACAAUGUGUGGAUGGCUUAUGGAAAGCAGAGCGUUAUGAAGUAAUUUCUGAAAUUUCCAAGUUGAUCAUUCCAAUUUAUGAGAAACGUCGAGAGUUUGAGAAGCUUACUCAAGUUUACAGAACUCUUCAUGGAGCUUACACAAAAAUUUUGGAGGUUAUGCACACAAAGAAAAGACUUUUAGGCACUUUCUUCAGAGUUGCCUUUUAUGGCCAAUCUUUUUUUGAAGAAGAGGAUGGAAAGGAGUACAUCUAUAAAGAGCCAAAGCUCACCGGCCUCUCAGAGAUUUCCCUGAGACUUGUUAAACUUUAUGGAGAAAAAUUUGGUACAGAGAAUGUCAAAAUAAUUCAGGAUUCAGACAAGGUAAAUGUCAAAGAACUUGAUCCCAAAUAUGCUCAUAUCCAAGUCACUUAUGUGAAGCCCUACUUUGAUGAUAAAGAACUCACAGAAAGAAAAACUGAGUUUGAAAGAAACCAUAAUAUCAACAGAUUUGUUUUUGAGGCUCCUUAUACAUUGUCAGGCAAAAAGCAAGGCUGUAUAGAGGAACAGUGCAAACGCCGUACAAUCUUGACUACUUCUAACUCGUUUCCAUAUGUGAAGAAGAGGAUCGCUAUAAACUAUGAACAGCAGAUUCAUUUAAAGCCAAUUGAUGUUGCCACUGAUGAAAUAAAAGAUAAAACUGCAGAGCUGCAAAAGCUUUGCUCCUCUGCUGACGUGGACAUGAUUCAGCUCCAACUUAAAUUGCAGGGCUGUGUUUCAGUGCAGGUAAAUGCAGGUCCAUUAGCAUACGCAAGGGCUUUCUUAAAUGACAGUCAAGCUAGCAAGUAUCCAGCCAAAAAAGUAAAUGAGUUGAAAGACAUGUUUAGGAAGUUCAUCCAAGCAUGCAGCAUUGCACUGGAACUAAAUGAGCGGCUGAUUAAAGAGGAUCAGAUUGAAUACCAUGAAGGGCUCAAGUCAAAUUUCAGAGACAUGGUGAAAGAAUUGUCUGACAUUAUUCAUGAACAGAUAAUACAAGAAGACCCAAUGCAUUCUCCCUGGAUGAGCAACACAUUACAUGUAUUUUGUGCGAUUAGUGGUACAUCGAGUGACCGAAGUUAUGGUUCCCCAAGAUACACUGCUGAAAUAUGAGGACAUGCAGAUGUCAAGUGACAACAAGACUGAACUUUCUCAGGAAUAUUUGGAGCUGUGCAAAUGUUAAAAAUUUAAAGAUUUGUUAUACACAGAGUGUUUCCUCCUGACACCAAAACCUUCAUGCUUUCAUACAGGGUGCUUACAUAUUUGUAAAUAUUUAAGCAACUUGAAAGUGCCUGGAAAAUUGCACCACUGUGCUUAGUUUGUACUUUUUUAGGUAAAUCUAUAUACUGAGAAGUAGAGCUCAAAAACUUUAAUUCGAUUUGCUUAAUUGUCACUUAAAAUAUUAAUGGUACUGUGUAAAAUUGUAUAAUGGAACACAAUAAAAGGUCAAACUUCUUUGUAA